GUAAUAAUGGCUCUAGUGACCAACGAAAUGCGAUGGAGAUCAACAAUCACAGGGAUGGUGGAGAACUCCAACUUUUUCGUCCGACCUUACGUGAUCUUUAUGACCAGGAAGUUCUUUACACCCUAUCACAAAACAAUGAUCUUUUCUCGUAUAUGGUGUAUCUUCAACUUUGUGAGCCCAGUGAUCGAGAUGCAGAGAUAAUUCGAAGAGCAAUGUAUGCUAAUAAGACUGACCUCAAACUUGUCAUGGAAAUCAUAUGCACUCGAUCUUCAUUAGAGCUACUAUCAAUUAAGCAAGCAUAUCGGGUGAAAUACAUUUCCUUACUUGAGCAAGAUAUCUUAACAAAGGCAAAUGGUAGCUUGAAAGAGAUUAUUUCAGCCAUCUUGAAUUCAACUUACAGUGGAGAAAGGUUCGACACAAGUAUGGCUCUGUGUGAUGCGAAGAUCCUCUAUGAAGCAAUCACAAGUAGCAAAUUCAUUGAUCAUAAUUCCGUCAUUUCUAUUCUGAGUCUGAGGAACAUAGACCAGAUAAAGACAAUUCUUUCGUCAUUCAAGCAACUCUUUGGCCACGAAUUCAUGAAGUUCCUGAAGUAUUAUAACAGCGGUGAAUUCGGAAUCCAACUCCGAGCUGUAAUCCGAUGCAUUCAGUUCCCAGAGAAGCAUUUCGAAAAGCAGUUACGCAGAGCAAUGGUGACUGGAGAUUCUCAGGAAGUGCUUAUCAGAACGUUGGUUACACGCUCUGGAAUCGACAUAAAAAAUAUUGACCGUGUAUUUUCUGAAAAGACUGGAUGGUCACUGGAGGGUCUUAUAAGGAACGAGUUCAAUUGCAGCAGUCAUGAGAAUUCCCUUGGGUGGGUUAGAGAUGCACUCAUCUCACUGCUCAAGAAUUAUUGAAGAAAACUGUUGGUGUCACCUUUCUGAGGUGACUUCUAUCAUUACAAUAAAAAACAGAUAAAUGUUGAUAUGAUUUGAUUCAUUUUUUUCUUAUGUUCUUACUACAAAUACUUAAAUUAAUCGGCAAAUUUUUUCUUGAUGGAUUUAUGUGGGCUACAGUGUAUUAUGCAGAGAUGGAAACUCUAUUGCAAAUUUCUGGAA